CGGACAUAUAAAAGACCAGCGAAUUUCUAAUGUAGCAACGCAGUGAACCCUACAGCGUAAUAAAUCGCAUUGGUAAUGAGCAAAUUCACUCUACUCUUCGCUGGCCUGGUGGUUAUAUCGCCUUACGCAGGUGCCGACGUCUGCAAUUUGAAACAGGCAGACGAAUGCGCCAAGGACAUUAUAAUGUACUCGGAGAACACAGUUCUUCCAAUCGACCCACAGGAGAUUGCUAAAGAGUGCGAAAAAGGUGCUAAGGCUGCCAAAUGUUUGCAGGACAUCGCUGAAGGUGACUGUCAGUUAUCUGAUUCAGCGAAACGCGUAUUCAAACAGAUCAUUGAAGGAGCUGAAAAUGAACGCGUGCAUCGAUGUGACCCCAGCCACAAAACUGGUCAAGAUUACGCCAAGUUCGUUCCAUGCCUAAAUAAAGUCGGAAACAAAUUGCAACAAUGUGAAAAGCAUUUGGCGGCUGAGGCUGAGGCUGCCGUUAAAGCUCCUGUGGACGAACGCGUAGGUAGAGCUUGCUGUUUGCUCGCCAAGGUCGGCAAAUGCCUUCAUGACGUCUCUCAAGAGGCAUGUUCCGUAGAGCAUGCUCGAUUCAUAGAUGACAUGGUCAACGGAACCGCGGGAGCAGCAAUAGGACCUAUCUGCGCUGGGUUUAAGGCAGACGCAUGCGAGAAGUACGACCAGCUAGAAGUGAGCGAACAAACGAAAUACCAGACGGCUCUCCUGCCUUUCAUUGAGCUCCUAAGCUUCUAAGGCGUUCUGAUAUAUCUGUUUCAGCUUACAACACCGAAACCCAUAUAUUUUCUUUAAAGGCAUCGUAAUGUAUAUUCCGUAAUGUAAACUUGUUUUCACGUUCCGAUUAUGACCGAGUGUGGUAAUUGGUACAUAAUCGAAAAACGUCGAUUUGACCGCCCGCAAUGAACCUUGCUAACAAUCGACCAAAAAGAUGAAGAUGUGAUUAACUACCCGCGCCUCCAUAUCUAAUCAUAUGAGGGCUUCGCUGUUUCCAAUACUUAGUUACUCCUAAGAGGACAUUUGAAGAAACCUCAAAGGACUGAUAUAAAUCGAAUCUUUUUUUUUGAGUAGCUUGCGGUAUAUAACUGCAAUAGAAAUUGUAAGAUUGAUAUAUUUGGAAAAAUAACUGAAAAACCAGAGCAUACAUUAUGUCUAUAGCUAGAACCAUACUGAAGGCUCUAAGUACCUUUGGUAAACAGAAUAAUAAUUUGACAUGAUAUUUCUACUAAUAAAUAUUUCAAGAGUUACACCCAGUUGUGCCGUUGACCAGUGCUUUUAACUGGUAAAUUUCAUUGUCAAGCUACGAGAUUAUUUUUAAUAAUCUCAGUUUUGUUCUCUUAAUUUCGUGACAGACAUGAGGUCGUGCUCUUCCUAGCACGGCUCUCCUAGGCAUUUAUGAUACGUACUGCAUCUACUCUAAAUUUGAAGAGUAAAAAUUAGAGACCCAUAAAAUCUAUGGAUUACCCUAUACCUUCGAUAGAGGCACAAACAGUCCGUAAAAAUUUAUUUGAAAACAGUGAACUACCUUUAUUUCGCACGGAAACUUUAUUGGAAAGUCUGUCUACUGUAAAGCAUUCGUAGUCUAAGGUCAUGAUUGAAUUAAGAAUUUAAGAUGUACAUUGAGGGAACAAAAGUGAUCCAGCUACAUAAAAACGACAGCCUCAGUCUGCGCUCAACUGGAGACGAC